CGCGCGGUCAACACAUACGUUGUUCCAAGAAAUUAUUUAAUUCAAAUUCAGUUGAAAGCAAAUUGAAACCUUGGAUUUCACUAUUUGCCAGAUAAAGUGUUGAAAUAAUAACAAAGCCGAAUCGGAAAAUAUUGUAUACCCUUCACAUAUGGCUAUACGAAAAAAUUGUUCAGUAAGAAUAAACAGUGAAUACAACAGUAAAUAAGUGGCCAAGGUGUAUAUUGCUGAAGGUUCGCAUAAAUACAAAACAAAAAAAACGUUGAAAAAGCAAACUGAAAACGCGUGUUUAAAGAAGUUAAAAAACGUAUUUUCUCGCGUGAAAAAAGUUGAAGUGCCACACUCGUAGCUGCACUCAAGCAACCGGUUGCUUUGCCGCUGCUAAAUAACGAAAACAUUGAUGUGAGCCUAAGAAAUUACUAACUAAAAGUUUCGUAAAUAAAUUAAUUAGCUAAAGCAAGUGCAAACAUUAUUUAGAUCUAAGUGUGAGCAACAAAAUUAGUAGUUGCUUUAGCUGCUUAUCGCGCCGCCAUUUUCCAAUGAAAAUCGAGACCUCAACCAGCAGCAAACUUCUAAGCGUAAAAUUUACAAAAUCGAAAUUCUCGUUGGUAAAUAAAAAUAGUAACUAAAUAAAUAUUACUAAGUGCAAUAAUGCUCUAACACGGUCAAAAAUAAAGUGUGAUUGCCGCCGCUCUUGCUAAUACAACUUAGCAAGGAAUAAGCACAAAAGUCCGCGUGCAAACAAAGAAAUCUCAUUCCAAUGUUGUCUUGUCUGGUGCCGUCGUCAUCACGUUUUGGCCAAGAGGAUAAUAUAAUAAACCAAAGUAUGCCAUCAUCACCAGCGUUCGCCGUGCAAUUUCCCUCAUUGGCAUCCAGUUUACACCAUCCACACCACCAAAACAGUUCGAAGAGCAGCAGUAACGCUGAGGAGGAGAACACCUCCAUGCCGGGGCCGAUUUCACCACACACAGAUUUUAUGGUGAAAUGCCCACAAUGCCCCAAACGACUAGGGUUUCAGUCUCUGAGCGAACACAUCGCCUGCGAACAUCCACAUGAAACACUUAAUUCUGAACAUGUUCCAUCCAGUCUUGCCUACCACCACCGCAACCACCACCAUCAGCUACACAACCAUCAACAGCACCUUCACCAACUCCAACAAUCCUACGCACAAGAUAGCAUCGUCGAUAUUGAUGAUGAUAACGAGGAUAACGACGACAACAGCAGUAACAGCAAUAGCAACAGUAGCAAUAUAAAGUUUACAAAUUCACCAAACCAAUAUAGUAAUAACAACAACGAUAGCAAUAUUAAAAAUAAUAACAAUAGUAUUAAAAAUAUUGAAUACGAGCGUCGUUCACCGGCAACACCGGGCGCUACCAACACCGCGCACAACAGCGCCAACUCACCCAAAACUAAGCCAAGCAAACAACAACAACAGCAAACGAAUAUGAUACCAAAUGUCACACCCACCGUCUCGCCCACACCACCGAACGAUCUCAGCGCUGCCACGUCGCCAUUCGCCGCAGCUGCGGCCGCCGCAGCAGCAGCAGCAGCCGCUGCACAACACCAACUACCGCCUUUACCGCCACAUCUAACACAUCCACAUGGCAUGCAUCCUCAUCUGCCGGCUGCGGCGCAACUGAUGGCCGCCAUGGCCGCGAUGCAAGCGCAACAGCAAAAUGGUGCGAACAACGGCAUGCAUAACGGCAGUAUAGGAACUGGUGGCGGUGGCGGUGGCGUCGUUGUGGCAUCCAACCCGUCUGCACGCACCUCACCCACCAGCCAGUUGCUGGCCUUGGCCAACAACGGUCAUCAUGCGGCGGCGCAUGCGCUGGCGGCCAGCCACAACGGCGGCGGUGGCGGUAGCGUCUACGACAUGGACGCGGCGCGCUCAACCUCAAGCCCCGGUUCGAUUGGCGGCAGCGAAAUGGGCGCCUACCACUGCGUACAAUGCCCGGCGACAUUCCAGACGCGCGAACAGCUAGAGAAGCACGAGGUGCUGCAUUCGCCCAGUGCGCAGACGCAAACGUCAAACCAAAGCUGCAAGAUAUGCCACAAAGCCUUCGCCAAUGUGUAUCGGCUGCAGCGUCACAUGAUCAGCCACGACGAGUCCGCACUGCUGCGCAAAUUCAAGUGCAAUCAGUGCGAUAAGGCCUUCAAAUUCAAGCAUCACCUCAAGGAGCAUGUGCGCAUCCAUUCGGGUGAGAAGCCGUUCGGCUGCGACAACUGCGGCAAGAGAUUCUCACAUUCCGGUUCGUACUCCUCACACAUGACCUCAAAGAAAUGCAUCAGUAUGGGCAUGAAAUUGAACCCGAAUCGCGCUAUGCUGAAAGCGCUGGAAAAAAAUGCUCCGAGUCAAAACAUUAAACGCUUCAACGCGAAUAAUGGCAACGCUCUAAAUACAAGUGGACCGACAGAGUCAAGCUUAAAUGUGGACUCAGCGUUGCCGGCUGGUUUGCCACCACAUAUGAACUACUAUGCCAUGGAUGCCAGCGAUGCGCUCGUGAACGGCAACCCGCCGCCGUUAUAUCAGCAUUUGCUGCAUAAAUAUGACGAUUAUAACAUGAAUGCUAUGAAUGCAGCACUUUUAGCUACAUUCCCGAAUCCCUUCUACAGCUUGGGCCUUAAUCCGCGCUUAUCCCCUUACAACAUACAACGUCUGUUGGAGCUGACGGCAGUGGGACAGCAGCAUCAGCAGCAACAUGAACAAGAACAGCAUGAGGUACAACAGCGCGAGGAAGAAAGCCUCAGUGAACGGGAACAACAGCAGCCACAAGUGGAAGAACACACAGCGCGCAUUGAUGAGUCGAUUGAUGAGACAAACGAGGAGGAGACACCGGAUGAGCCCAAAUUAGUAAUGGAUCUGGGCGAGAGUGAUGCUAAAGAGGGAGAAGAUGAUGAUGAGGAGGAAGUUGAGUCGGAAAAAGUCGCAUCGGAGGCGGAGGACCAUUCCAAUCUUGUUGAUGAAGAGAAGAUUAACAAUGAAGAAAUUGAAGCGAGACAUGGUGAGCCAAUUGGAUCACCCAUUUUGGAAAAAAACCGCCAAAAUACUCCGAAGUUAGAUAAUAAAGAAGUUGCAGAAACCACCGAGAAAGACAUUUUACCGCAAAUCAAAGUGGAGGAUCAUCGUCCCGUCACUCCAGUAGAUGACGAUCGAGCUGAACAAGUGGGGAGUGAGGAAACUAUGCCGAUUAUCAAACAGGAAUUAGACAGCACGGCCGAAAUGGAGGAAUCUCGCCCAAUCGAAACCUCCACCCCCACCAGCAACGUACAAUACGAGUCACAAAUUGACUCCAGUGCAUGCAACGUUUCUGAGCUGCGCUGUAGCCGUUGCGACACACAAUUCAAUCACCAAACUGAGCUGGUACAACACGAAAAGGUGCUCUGUGGUUACAUCAAACGGGAGAUUCAACAUAGCUACCAAGAGCAACACACUCAGCAACAGCAUCAAGAACAUGAAGAGGAACCGCAACAAGCGCAAUCUCUAGUGCGGCCGCAACAUAUUAUUGAUGACUCUGCCGAACAGUCUGGCAUUUCAACGACUUCCCUAUUGCAUUCCAGCGAUCUUGAAGACUACCAAGACGAGCGUGAUUCCAACUCGCGCAACGAUUGCAACAGCGAAAGCAGCGAGCGCAAAGUACGCGUGCGCACAGCCAUUACCGAGGAACAACAACAGCAGCUUAAACAGCACUAUGCCAUCAAUGCGCGUCCCAGUCGCGAAGAAUUUCGCAUGAUUGCCGCACGUUUGCAGUUGGACGCACGCGUUGUGCAAGUAUGGUUUCAGAACAAUCGUUCGCGCGAGCGUAAAAUGCAAAACUACCACCAGGCGAAUGGGAAACUACCGUUCGCUUUGCCCGCCACCGAAGCGAGCGUUCCUUCUACCGCCGCGUUAGAGCGCACUGCACUGUCAACGGGUUUACGCACGGGUGAAGAACAACCAUUGGAUCUGUCGUUGAAACGCGAUUGGCCUAUAUCGGUGAAACGCAAUGGCAUGCAGCAACAGCAUUCACCUUUAUACGGUAUUGCGCCAAUGCAAAGCGUCGGCAGCGGAGAUCUCAAUGAAGCUAUUAAUUUGAGUCGUAAAAUGUCUGCAUCGAUGUCACCGCCCUCAUCGCUUUCACCAUCGUCCGCCGCAUCCGUACCUCAGUCGCUCAAACAGCAAGCGGCUGUAUACUUCGGCGCGCCAUCUGGGAGUCAUCAUUUCCAACGACAGACACCAUCUCCGAAUGAAGCGCCGCUAACGCAACAACAACCAAUUGCACCGCGUCACGAUAGUAACAGCAAUAACAACAGUUUCUCAGCCUCACUGGCCGGCCAUCUGCCACCGUAUAUGCUGCCCGCCGGGGCGCAGCGGGGCCUGAUGCCAAUGGACGCGAUUUUCCGCAUGACACCCAGCGACUAUGCUUGCAAUCCGCUCAUCAACAGUAUUAAAUUCCCCGACUAUCGCGGUACCAGCCUCAGCCCAGGCGGUUCAGAGAAGCGCUCUUGGCGCGAUGACGACUCACGUAUCUCGCAUGAUGACGACUACAUUGGUAAUGGUUUGCUCGCCAAACCGAAGCGUCCCAAAGUGGAAACACACGGACAUGCAGGAGAUCCGGAUUUGCCAUUUGUAUGCGAUCAAUGCGACAAAGCGUUCGCAAAGCAGAGCUCGCUGGCGAGACACAAGUACGAGCAUUCCGGUCAACGCCCCUACCAGUGUGUAGACUGUCCGAAAGCCUUCAAGCACAAACAUCAUCUUACCGAACACAAACGCUUGCAUAGUGGCGAAAAGCCAUUCCAGUGCAGCAAGUGCUUCAAACGCUUCUCACAUUCCGGUUCCUAUAGUCAGCACAUGAAUCACCGUUAUUCGUACUGCAAACCCUACAGGGAAUAGGUAAACGACAACUCAGCGCAAUCAAC